GCCGCUUCAUUCCUGAAAGCACGUAGUUCUGCACUUGUUUUCUAGUCGUGCCUCUGUACGUUUUAAUUCGUGUUGCAUAAAUUAAACCCAUCUCGGACAUAUUUCUUCUUUUGGCGCGCCGCUCAGAUGUACAGUGGAUGGACGCCGGGCUUUUGCCCUUCCUUACCAUCUCAUAUGGAAGAAUCGAGCUCAGCUCUUCGUGGUUGGAGCUGUAGCGUCUCUAAGCUUAAUUCACCAACAAUUGCGGCCACUUCAGUUUCUCCUAUUCCAAGAUUUCAGCUUCAUAAGCUGCACGUUUACUGAUAGGAUCAAAUCAGACUGCAUCACCUAAAUGAGGUUGUUCAGCCAUGCAAUGUUCCUGGAAGGCUGUGAUUCUGCUUGCCCUGGCGUCUAUAGCAAUCCAGUACACAGCGAUCAGGACGUUCACAGCCAAGCCCUUCCAAAUGUGCCCCAUCCCCAACCCUCUGAACUGUGGCCUGGGGCAGGAGGCGGAGGCGUUCGAGCGCGUCUGUGACGAGUACCCCUACUUCACCUACAACGCCUCCAGGAAGACGCACGUCCUCAUCCUGGCCACCACACGCAGCGGGUCCUCCUUCGUGGGCCAGCUGUUCAACCAGCACUCGGACGUCUUCUACCUGUUCGAGCCCCUCUACCACGUCCAGACCACGCUCAUCCCGCGCCUGGCCCACAGUCGCAACGCGGCCGACCGGCGGGUGAUGCUGGGCGCCAGCCGCGACCUCCUGCGGAGCCUGUACCACUGCGACCUCUACUUCCUGGAGAGCUACAUCAAGCCGGUGCCCAGCAACCACACCACGGACAAGCUGUUCCGCCGCGGGGCCAGCCGGGCGCUGUGCUCCGCCCCCUCCUGCGACGCCUUCGGCCCCGGCGACAUCGAGGAGGGCGAGUGCGUGCGCAAGUGCGCCUCGCUCAACCUGACGCUGGCGGCCGACGGCUGCCGCGAGCACCGGCACGUGGCCAUCAAGACGGUGCGCGUGCCCGAGGUGGGCGACCUGCGGGCGCUGGUGGAGGACCCGCGCCUCAACCUCAAGGUGGUGCAGCUGGUGCGCGACCCGCGCGGCAUCCUGUCCUCGCGCAUCGAGACCUUCCGGGACACGUACCGCCUGUGGCGCAUCUGGAGGGCCACGGGCCGCAAGCCCUACAACCUGGACCUGACGCAGCUGACCACAGUCUGCGACGACUUCCUGAGCUCCGUGUCCACGGGCAUGAGCCGGCCGCCUUGGCUCAAGGGCCGCUACAUGCUGGUGCGCUACGAGGACCUGGCGCUCAACCCGCUCCAGAGGACCAAGGAGAUCUACGACUUCCUGGGGCUGACCAUGGACAAGAACGUGGUGGAUUGGAUUCAGAACAACACCAGGGGAAGCAACGAGCUGCUGGCCAAGCAUAAAUACGGCACUGUGAGGGACUCGGCAGCCAACGCCGAGAGCUGGAGGCUGAAAUUGUCGUAUGACAUUGUUGAUUACACUCAAACUGUGUGUCAGCAGAUUUUACAGGAGCUCGGCUACAAGACGGUCAGGUCCCUCGAGGAGCUGAAAAAUAUGUCUCUCUCGCUCAUCGAGGACAAAACAUUUGUACCUUUUUUGUAACAAAGGUAAUGAUGCACAAGUAUUUUUGAUAUGUUUAUACUGUUGCCUUAAAUUGAUUCACAUUUGCACUAAACUGGGAAAGCCCUUUUGGGGUGAUGCUAUGCCGAAGUUUUGAACAGCACAACUCAUUUAAACUGGUAUAGCUGUUAAGGGAUUUCAACAUGACUAAUUAUAGACUACUGAAAGAUGGUGAUUCUAGCAGAUCCAAGAAGCAUCAUCUCACUUAAAACUCUUGUAUGCUGGCUGUUGCUUUGACAAAAGUGAAUGUUGAUAUUUGUACAUUACUGUCCCACGCAGCGCAUUGUUGCUGGGGACUGUAUAUCAGUCUCCACUCCACUGCAGAAAUGUAUGAUAAAAAUUGUGCAAUAAAAAUGUGAA